AUGGCGCCUUACUUAGCUCCCGAAUGGCUAGAGGUCGAGAAGGAGCUUGGUGGCCGCCUUGUCCUCGGCGGGACCAUGGAGAAUUAUCGAGCUGGUGGAGAAGCUAUUGGGAAGUACAUCAAAGCUCAUCUGCCUCCUCCCCGAGACAAUGGACUUGAAGUUGCGGACGAGACAAUCAACGACACUGUUGCUGUUCGUAUCUACAAGCCGAAAGACACCAAGGAAGCCCUGCCAGUUGGCGUUUUCUGUCAUGGAGGCGGCUUCUCUGACGGAUCUAUUAAUAUGGAAGAUGGCCUGUGUAGACUGAUUGCAUCCAUGUAUCCUUGCAUAAUCGUCUCCAUUGAGUACCGUCUUACACCAGCAGUCGAUAUAGAGGUUGUAUUCCAGGAUGCCUUUGAUGGGUUUUCAUGGACUUACGAAAACGCGACCAAGCUGGGAGGAGACCAGAAGCGUGUCUUUAUGCUUGGUAGCUCUUGCGGCGGUACACUCUCCCUUGCCACAGCCCAUAAGCUCAUUGAACUUGGACGAGAGGGACAGCUCAAAGGAGUCAUCAACAUGGCGGGAGGUACAGUUCAUGAAGCCAAUGUGCCAAAGCAUCUCCAGCAUCUCAUGAAGUCUAUGGAAGAGAACGCCACAGAUGUCCCCAUCAUUGACGGGCAGACAGCCAAAAUGAUCAACGCAUCGACUGGACUCGACAAGCAUGUCAAUGAUGAGUGGCUGUUUCCCCUCCUCUCAUCGCACCUCGGCAAGUUUCCGCGGACCUACCUCGUGGCCUGCGGAGCGGACCCUCUGAGAGAUGACAACGUAGCCAUGGAGCAUGAACUUCGUAGCAAAGGGGUCAAGGUCAAGCUCGACAUGUACGAGGGGCUGCCCCAUGUUUUCUGGAUGUUUCCGACGCUGAGUGCAACGAACAUGUUCCUUGGGAAUCUUAUGGCUGGUAUCAAAUUUAUCUUGGAGUAG